AUGCCGCAAAUCAUUUCCGAAGAGGAAAAACCUGAGGUAGAUAAUGAGUUAAAGCGCUCAAGAUCGUUCUCUCAGUCGAUUAAAGGUCUGUUUAAGCCAGGGUCGCCAACCAGGAAGACAGGUGGUCCAACCGAUGCAACGAAUGGAGCAGGGAAGAACAGCGAUAGGUUGAAAAAGCUUGCUGUGAGCAAAGAACAGGAACUUGGUGGAAAACGGCAUGAAGCUGCGCAGAACAGAGCCGGCGAUGGAAACAGACCUAAAAUGAAUGCUCUUAAAACACACACUGGUGCUUUCACUAGCAUUAAAAAUCAUACGGGAAUACCGGAAUUUGCAGGCUUGUCGCUUUCGUCGCACGGGCAGGCUCGUAACCCAAAGGAAAACAGCAAUGGGACAUCUCAAGAAUCUUUAGUGAGUGGCGAAGAGGCUGCUAAAAAGAGAAACAGAAAGGCGAUCCCCAUUGAUGCUGGUAAUGAUGACGAUAGCGAUGGAGAUGAAAGUAGCAGCCGCCGCGAGAAUACCAUAGAUGAGGAGUUGUGCAAAGAUCCCCGUGAGGUUCGGCGAUCGCAAAGUUUGCAACGCAAGGGCUCGUUUUCUCGGCAAGACUAUCGAUCACGCUCCAUGUCUCUGAAUUCGAGAUAUAGGAGUCGCUCUCCAACGUUCAGUGCCUCCAACUUAACCCAACAUUCUGAGAGACACUCGAAACUUGUUGUCAAUACGGAAACUUUUCAACUAUAUGAAGACGGCCAUCACGAACAUACUUUGAAAGUGACGCCGCUUGUACACGAUAGCCAAGAAGAUGGGCACAAGGGCAAACCGGGGUUCUCUUUAUCUGGUUUUUUCAAGAGUCACAAGGACGGAGAGAACUUGGAAAGUGCUCUGUCUUUGCUACCUCGCAGCAGAUACGAGUUUCACAAACGAUUAAGUCGCAUAUGGGAUGAAGAGUUAGGCGAUGAGAAUGAUGACAAGGAUGAUGCCCAAGCUGGUAAAGAUAUUCCGACGCCCGUUAAUCCAGAGGCCGCAAUUGGUGUUGAGGAGCUGAAAUUAAUAAACAAGCUGUCGAAGAGAAUUCAUGACACGUCUGCUAAGAGUGCUACGCCUGUGACCUCAGGUAAUGCAGAAGUCAUGGCAAAAAAAACCUAUACGCUAUGUGAGAAGUAUGGUAAAUCCAUUGGUGUUAUAGGCCACGGUGCAUACGGUACCGUGAAAGUCGUUUGUAAAAUGAUAGCCCCUUCGGAAGAGGAGAGGGACAUUACUGAGACUUAUAAAGUUGGCAAUAAAUUAUAUUACGCAGUGAAGGAGUUAAAGCCCAAGGGGGAUGAACCCAAAGAAAAGUUUGGAACGAGAUUGACCUCUGAAUUCAUAAUAGGCCACUCCCUGAGUCGAGGACAAAAUAGCAAGGAGGGCCCCUCUCCUAAUAUUCUCAGGAUGCUUGACCUCAUGCAAACCAAUGAUGGAUUUGUUGAGGUUCUCGAGUUUUGCCCUUCGGGAGACCUUUACAGUUUACUUUCACGCGCUUCACGUUCAGGGUCAGGACUCCAUCCCCUAGAAACGGACUGCUUCAUGAAGCAAUUGCUUAACGGAGUCCAAUAUAUGCACGAUCAUGGUAUUGCACAUUGCGACUUAAAACCAGAAAAUCUCUUGUUUCAACCGGGCGGAAUUCUUAAAAUCGCCGAUUUCGGAACGAGCUGUGUUUUCCAAACAGCUUGGGAAAAACAGGUUCACUUUCAGACAGGUGCCGUGGGUUCCGAGCCUUAUGUGGCGCCUGAAGAAUUCAUCGAAAAUCGCGAGUACGAUCCCAGGCUGGUUGACUGUUGGAGCUGUGGUGUCAUUUAUUGUACGAUGGUAUUGGGCCACUAUUUAUGGAAGGUUCCACUGCUUGACAAAGAUUCUGUAUACGCCUCAUUCGUGGAGCAGAUAAGAACCAAAAAAGAGUACGCGGUUUUUGAAGAGAUGAGGCACGUCUCUACUGAUAUUAAUCGCUACAGAAAAUCCUGUCUGUACAACAUAUUCCAGUGGCAUCCCGAUAGACGCAUCAGCAUUGACAAAUUGCUUCAAAGCCCGUGGAUGAAAAGGACAAGAUGUUGCGUUUUUUACAAAGACCAUUCAAGGUGA